AUGGCAAGCCUUCACCCAUUCGACCCCAUCACCCCUGGGGAAAUCCAAUUGGCCGUUUCCGUCUUGGAGCCCGCCUUCCCCGGUGUCAAGCUGCGCUACAAGCGCAUUGAUCUCCAGGAACCAGCCAAACAUGAAGUCGUCCCAUACCUCGAGGCUGAGCGGCUGGGUCAAGUGCGCCCUCGCAAGCCGGCUCGCUUGUUGGUGGUCCUCUUCCACCGUCUCGACAACGGUUCUUUCUUCAAGGCCUUGAUCAACGCCGACACCAAGUCUAUCGCGUCGGCGAAGGAGCUGCCCAAGGAUGUCCAGGGCCCAGUGGAUAUCGACGAGAUGAUCGAGAUUGAACAGCUCUGUCUCAGUCAUCCGGCCGUCAAAACGGAGAUUGAGAAGUUGAAGCUUCCGGCUGGUCACACCGUGUGCUUGGAUCCUUGGAUCUACGGCACUGAAGAUGCCAAAGAGACCCGCCGCCUGUUCCAGUGCUAUAUGUACAUUGUGGCCACCGAUCAUCCCCAGAACAACCAGUAUUCCUUGCCUUGCCAAUUCUCUCCAGUCUUUGAUGGCAUCACCCGCGAGCUUGUUCGCAUGGACUAUCUGCCUGGUGGCGCGAACGCCGAGACGAAUGAGACUCAGCCGUGGAAGCCAGUGCCUGCUGUUCAGUAUGCUCAUGACUUGCUUGAUGAACCCUUGCGUACGGACCUUAAGCCCUACAUUGUUCAGCAACCAGAGGGUGCGUCGUUUAACGUCAUUGGCAAUGCUGUGUCAUGGCAGAAAUGGCGCUUCAGAGUGGGCUUUAACAAUCGGGAGGGUCUGGUCCUUCACAAUGUGACCUACGAUGGUCGCAACACCUUUUACCGACUCUCCUUCUCUGAGAUGACGGUGCCUUACGGCGACCCUCGUCCUCCAUACCACCGCAAACAAGCCUUUGAUGUCGGUGAUGUCGGCUUUGGUAUCACAGCUAACCAGCUCACCCUCGGCUGCGAUUGUCUCGGACACAUCAAGUACUUCGAUGGCUACCGCACCGACGCACAAGGAGAACCCAUCCAACUCAAGAAUGUCAUCUGCAUGCACGAGCAAGACAAUGGCCUCCAACAUAAGCACACAAACUACCGCAGCGGUGCAGCCACAGUCGUCCGCAACCGUCAACUGGUGGUCCAGAUGAUCUGCACAGUCGCCAACUACGAAUACAUCUUCGCAUUCAUUCUCGACCAAGCAGCCAACAUCGAGCUCGAAGUGCGAGCAACCGGAAUUCUCUCCACGGUUCCCUUCGACAACCAAAAUGGAGAGACAGUCCCAUGGGGUACGAACGUUGGACCGGGCGUCAUGGCUCCCUUCCAUCAGCAUAUGUUCUCCCUCCGUAUCGACCCGGCGCUCGACGGCUUCAAAAACACAGUCUAUUACGAAGAUAGCGUGCCGAUGCCCGAAAAUGACACCAACCCUUACUUGGUCGGCUACACCGCUGAGAAGAAUGUCAUGAAGACUAGCGGCAGCGCCUCGACCAGCGUUGAGCGUCACCGCGUGUUCAAGAUCCGUAAUGACCACAUAAUCAACCCUAUCACACACCACCCUAUCGCCUAUAAGCUGCAAACCUCGCCAAGCCAGAUGCUCCUCGCACACCCAGAUUCAUUCGGUUCGAAGCGCGCGCGCUUUGCUACCCGCCCUAUCUGGGUGACCAAAUAUCAAGAUGAUGAGCUCUUCGCUGCUGGCGAGUUCACGAACCAGAGCAAGAAGUCUGAAGGGGUUGAAGUAUGGGCUGGACGAAAUGAUACCAUUGAGGAUGAAGACCUUGUUCUGUGGCAUACUUUCGGUCUCACUCAUAACCCGCGUAUCGAGGACUUCCCGGUCAUGCCCAUGGAGCGUGUGAGCGUCAUGCUCAAGCCAGAUGGAUUCUUCACCAAGAACCCUGCGCUGGAUGUGCCGGCUUCCAGUCAGUCAUUCAACAAGUCGACCUUGCAUCCUGAGCCGUCUUGCUGUGCUACUCCUACAAAGCCCAAGAUGUAG